AAUGGUAAUUUUUAUCAAUAAAACAAUGAGUAAUUCGUAUAUUUUACUUUAAUCUCUAGUAAUUACACGAAUUGUGAUUCAGUUCUGUUCGAUAAUUAAAUCAAAACAAUGGUAUUUUGAGAACCAAUAAAAGAUAACACCUUUCAAUGAUAUUUUAUUUGCUCAUGUUGGUGGUAAAUUUGAAAUAUUGAUAAUGAAAAAUGGGUUUCAAUAUUUUCCUCGAUUACUAAAAUAAUUCCUCGAAUUUUCGUAGACCCACGUCGUCAAACAUAAUGUUAUUUAAUUAAUGGCGCUUCAAGGCUGCAACAGGUUAAUUACUGUACCAUUCAUACUGUUGAACGCUACGAGCCGCCACCAACAUGUGCUAUUCGUUCGCAAAAAAAUACCAUCCGACAACAAUGAACUGGUUGUAUUCUUCGGCGGUGAUAUACAGGACUUCGCAGAAAGCAUGAAAAGCGAUCCGAAUAAAAAGGAAUUUGUGAACUGGAGUCUGGAAAACGUCGGUGAAUUAUUGUAUCAUAAAUUCCCCAAUUCGGACAUUCUUGCGGUUCGACCAUGCAGAUACGAUCACGGUACGUUUAGCUGUUACGAUAAUUUUGUCCCUAGUCAAAGCUACGGAAUACCGAAGUUUGUUUCGAAUCAUGGAGCUUUAAUGCAUUUAAAUGAACUACUCGUAAGCUUGUCGACGGCUGUGCAAACUUCUGAUCUCGAAGGUACACGUUACGAAGAAGCUCGUCUAAGUUUAAUAGGUUUCAGUAAAGGUUGUGUGGUUUUGAAUCAGCUCUUACACGAAUUUCAUUUCGCCGACGAGAAUUCGCAAUCUCAACCAGUAAUGGUGGAUAUUAUACGUAAAAUUUCGUCGAUGUAUUUUUUAGACGGAGGCCACGCCGGCAAGAAUAACACGUGGAUUACUAACCAAAGUUUGUUGCAAACUUUGGCGAAAUUAGGGAUAAAUGUUUUUGUGCACGUUACACCGUACCAAGUUAACGAUGAAAGAAGACCGUGGAUUGGCAAAGAAGAAGAAUUGUUCGCAAAAACUUUGAAAAAUUUCCAAGCCAGGAUUUAUCGUAAAUUACAUUUUAAAAAUGAUCCGCCCUCUUUGCAAAACCAUUUUCAAGUUUUGAAAGAAUUUCAACCUAUGUGAUAACGUGGAAAAUAUUUUUUUGUAUUCGUGUUCUAUUUUUUUUAAGAGUGUUAAGAUCAUAGAUGUUUUUAAAUUAACGUGUUUUAUUUCAAUAAAGUUGAGUUUCUUUUGCA